CCCCUCCUCUCUCUCAUCUUCAACGUUCCUCUCAUCUCCUCAAGAGAAACAAAACCAAAGAAGCUAUAACAGUGAGCAGCUCAUCAUGGCCGUUGAUCUAAUGCGUUUCCCUAAGAUGGAUGAUCAAAAGGCUAUUCAGGAAGCUGCAUCGCAAGGUCUACAGAGUAUGGAACAUCUGAUUCGCGUCCUCUCUAACAGUCCGACACAACACAAAAACAACGUUGACUGCUCUGAGAUCACUGACUUCACCGUUUCCAAAUUCAAAACCGUUAUUUCUCUCCUUAACCGUACUGGUCACGCCCGGUUUAGACGCGGACCGGUUCACUCAACUCCGGUACAACAGAGUCAGAUCGUAAAAACCGCUCAAUCUGAAGCUCCGGUUGUUCCUCAGCCUCCGGCGAGAGCAACAACGAGUCUCCCUCCGGUUAUUGUAACUCCCUCAAGGCCGAGCGUAACACUAGACUUCACUAAACCAACCAUCUUCGGAUCCAAAUCUAACAGCUCCGAGCUCGAGUUCUCCAAGGAAAACUUCAGCGUUUCUUUAAGCUCUUCCUUUAUGUCGUCGGCGUUGACCGGCGACGGAAGCGUGUCUAAGGGAUCUUCAAUGUUUGCUCCGUCGCAGCCUGUCACAUCCUCCGGUAAGCCGCCGUUGGCUGGUCAUCCUUAUAGAAAAAGAUGCAUCGAGCAUGAGCACUCUCAGGAUUUUUCCGGCAAGAUCUCCGGAUACGGCAAGUGCCAUUGUAAGAAAAGAAAAAAUCGGAUGAAGAGAACUGUGAGGGUACCGGCGAUAAGUUCAAAGAUCGCAGAUAUUCCACCGGACGAGUUUUCUUGGAGGAAGUACGGUCAAAAACCGAUCAAAGGCUCGCCACACCCACGUGGUUACUACAAGUGUAGUACAUUUAGAGGAUGUCCAGCGAGAAAACAUGUGGAACGAGCUUUGGAUGAUCCAGCAAUGCUUAUCGUGACUUACGAAGGAGAGCACCAUCACAAACAAUCUGGAAUGCAAAAUAAUGUUUCUUCUUCAGGCGUUAAUGAUUUGGUGUUUGCCUCAGCAUGAUUUUGUCUUGUAUUGUUUUUUUUUUCUGAGUAUUAGGUGGAAUGAUUUGUAAAUUUUGUUAUGAAAAUAUUUUAAUUAGAAAAAGUUAAUCUCCGGUGGAGUAUAUUUUUAUAAAAUAAUCUUGUAGUGCGUUAUAAAUAUAAGAUUAGACAAUCAGUAGAUACGAGUAUAAGGUAGUGGUUAUGGAAUUAAUU